CGUAGUCCAAACAGCUGCCGAUCGAGGUACUGGCUGUUUAUUCACCCGGUGGUGUUUCCUACUGGUUUCGCAGCUGCAGUCCGAGAAAGAAUUUAGUCAAAUGUUCACUGCCUAUUCGUAGAAACUGUUGCCUUGAAAUCUUGCUCGCAUAUAGCGACUAAUUCGUUCCAUGCUGGGUUGACACCACGUGACAGCGGACGCCCGUACGAUGCCCGACGGAAAAAACCGUGUCUAAUCCCCAACGCCACCGAAGCCCUGUGUGAUGAAACAUACGUUCGCCAUUCCUGAAGUAUGGGCAGCCUUCCGAAUUUGCACGAGCUGGGUAAAAACAUCGACGACGGGGAACAGAGCGGUUAUAGACCGGGACCGGCACUUGGUCACCUUUGCGGCGGCUGCAACGCUGGUCUCAGCAACGAAGAGAAGUCCAAAAUAUUGCACAGAUACUCGGGCCACGGCAAAAUCACCAAGGCACGAAGCAACCCGCACGACUCGAAUAAGAUAGUUUAUGACGACCUAACGAUGGAGCAUAUGGCUACUUAUUCGCCAGUUUCGGCCAGAUCCAGGUAUAACAUCCAUAUGCAAGGGGGGCCUAUUAAACGGAUAGACUCUAUGGCUAGUUCGAUUGGGGCGACAUCGGUCAGGAGGCUUUUGGCGGUGGUGCGAGGGGGUGCGCACAAUUCUUCUACCGGCAGGGCAACCGGUGUGCUCUAUACGCGUCGCAUCCUGCUGGCCAACCUGGUGGUGAUCUGUAUCUGCCACCUACUGACGACCGCGACGUUCCUGCCGUUUUUGGCCCUUCAGAGCAGCGUCUCCGUGUGGGUGCAAUCUCUGACCACUGCCACUUUCGAGAUAAACACCGGCUCGCUGCUGAUGUCGGAAAUAUUCGCGGUGGCGGCCGUUUUCGCACUGUUCGCGCCAUGUUUCGUGAAAAUGGCCGGCACCAAGUGCGUAGCCGCGUUCUGUUACGCGUCCGCGACGACUUUUUUCGCGUCCCACCUCUACCCCGUGAUUUACGUCACUGUGCCGACGGGCGUGCUAAUGGGCGUAACCUUGGGUUUACUCUCGUGCGUCCAAAUCUCGUCGCUCAUGAUCAUAUCCCACAGGAUAACCGGGUUAUUUCACGAGGACGACGGGGACGGCAGACACGCCAGGAAGACCUGCGCCAUUAGACGGGUCGCGAGGGCCUUCCAAGGUGCUCACGACUUCGGUUUAAUAAUCGGCUCCAUCUUAUCCGCCCUUUUGAUUACCUACACGGUAAAUCUAGAACAUCCUACGUACGGUUCGGAGUUUGAGAACGCCACGGUUUCAAGCGUAAGUACUCGAUUCGUAUUCUCCGACACUUUUAAAACCGCUCCGUUUCAGGAUUGCGUCGCAAAUCGAACUUGCUCGAACCGGACCGAAUUAGCAUUAAUAUCUACGACGAUCCCUUACGAUUACAACUCUUUCCUGGACGAUAUCUUCGACAGGACGGAAGACGGUCGCCUCUGUGGGGCUCAAGCAUGUCCAGUCCCGUCACUAAGCAACGGUACUCUGGAAAGUGGGUUCAGAGUGCUGCCCAUCAAAUCAGCCGAUAUUCUAGCAGGUGUAUAUUCCGGAAUGUGCGGGAUCGCUUUAUUACUCGCCCUUUUCGGAAUGGACAGCAUAAGAAUGCUGAUCUACCAGGAUCCGCUUGAGCGAGGAGUGGUGCUGGCCGUCUUGAGAUCGAUGAGAGACAGCUUCAGAGACCCGAGGUUGCAGAUGACUGCCCCGUUGUGUUUUUUUAUUGGCAUGGAACAGGCUUUUAUGUAUGCCGACUUCAGCAAGUCCUACGUGGUAUGUACUUUGGGAAUCCAUCGUCUCAACCUGGUGUUCCUCUCGAUGGGUCUGCUGCAAUCAAUCGCAGCCUGUACGUUGAGCAUGCUGCUCCGAACCAUCAGGCGGUACUACGUCGUAGCCGUUGGUUUUGCAUUCCAAACGUGUCUGAUAAUGGUGUUGCUUCUGUGGAAGCCCAUCGAAGACGACCCCGCCCUGUUCUACGUCAUCUCCGCUUCCUGGGGGGUGUGCAACGCCAUAUGGGAGAUGAUAAGUUUCACGUUGCUUACUGGACAAUACUCGGACAAUUGGGAAGCGGCGUUCGCGAACACGGCAUUUUUUAAAUUCUCAGGACUGUCGGCCGCGUUUGUAUUCCACAGUUUUGUCUGCAAUUACCUAAAGCUUUACAUACUUGCAUUUGUUAUGGUAAUGGCGGUGAUACCGUUCGCCUGGCUGGAGUUUCGGCUCGAAAACAUACGGAAAAUAAAAAAUAUCACCAGAUUAUGACCGAAGCUGCCGCUUUUUUGAUCCGCCAAACAAAUCUUUGUGACUCAUACAUAUCACGUCUUGCGCAAAAUAGAUUAGUUGGUCGGGGCUUUAGUUUUCGUGGAAAACCAACAUUGUGAACCGCGGUUUUCCCGUAACAGAAAGCGUUUUUCAUUGCGUUGUUGGUUUGCGCGCAUUUUCUCUUAUAGGUAAUGUAUUUUUUCCAUUAGUUGCUCAGGAUAGCAGCAGCGCGUGCAUCUCGUUAUCAAAAUGAAGAGAUAGCAUUAGUCCAAAUAUUUAUUUAGGCUGUACACCAAAAUUACGCCUCAACUUUUCAGACGAAGUAAAUUUAAACAAUAAAAGAAUCAAACGAUGUUAAACAAUUUUAGUUUAGUAUGAAAUUUAAGUGGGUGGUUUAGGAAUAUUCGAAACCCUAUUUAUGAAAUUAGAAAGUGAAGUUCAUGGAUACUGCCGAAAUUAAAAAGGGUAUGGGGUUUCUGAGUAGCAUAUUUUAUCUUGUUCCAAAAAAGUCACAUUAUAAUUAAUUUCAAAUCAUUGGAAACUAAGAAAAAAAAAGUUACAGUGCAACAUAACAUGAUAGGAAACUAUCACAUAAUACAAAAAUACCUUGUCUUCAAAAUAUUAAAAGGCGUGCCUUUGAAACGACAAAUCUGCGUUUUUUAAUAUAGGUUAAUUUAGUACUUAUCGUUUGUGUCAAUAGUAAUUUCUGAGAGCAAAAUCAGAUUUAAAUCAUAAUAAUACAGGGUCUUUUCUUUAAAAUCAAUCACUCUAACUGGCAAUUAUUGUGAGUUGUCUUUAUGGUACUCCAUCGAAGGGUAAAAUUACUAAAUAAUAUGCAUUAAAUUUUUUCAUUCCUUUAUUCUAAUUGUUCGAACUUAACUACUGAUUCAGGAAUAUUAUUAAUAGAUUGUUGCGUUAAUAGGCAUAGUUUUCUUUAACCAUUUCGUGAGGUUUUAAGAUCGAGUACCAAUUACAAAUACUAGUUUCGUUUUUUAUAAAUAUUCCAAAAAUGCACAAUCUUCAGGGUGGACACAGCCAAUAGAUAAAAAAAGUGAUUUUCUUUUUCUCGUAGGACUGGAAAUAAAUGUGAUGGGAAGGCAAUAUUGAAAUCAAAAAAAUUUGUUUUUCUAAAAUUAUUUUUUAGUUAUAUCCCUCUUACGGCCUUUCUUUGUGUCUGCUGCGAACAUCCAUUGUCUGAUGGCUUAUUUUGCAACGUUAUGGACGUUAUUUUGCUGGAUUGCAUAGCUUUUAUUGCUUGAUUGUCGGUAUUGAUCGAAGUUAUCUAAUUAUCAAUUGUCGCUGUUGCUAACUUAUCCAUUGGAAUAGAAGUUUUUGUUUUCGUCCUGGGUUCAUAUAUUCCAGUUCCUAUUCCUUUGGUUUCGGUACCAGAUUGUAUCUUCUCUUAUUGGUGCGCCAUUUUUACAAUUUUCUCAUACUGAUAUUUCAGUCUUGUAAUUGUUUAACAAGGCAACACUUGGGUAUCGUGCUGUCCAUGGGCAGCCCUAGGACUUCGCCUGCCUCCAUCUCCCUGUUGAUGACUAGCCUUGCAGAAAUCUAUAUGCUUUACCUCGUAUAUAGAUUUGCAUUGGUGGAAUAUGCAGUAGGACCUCUAGUAUGAUGAGCUGUGCGUCUCUUUGAGGUUUAAGAAGAUGUGUUCAUCGUAAAAAUAAUGUGUCCCGUUAUGUUACUCUUACAUACAGUCUACACCAUACAUCAAUACCAAGUUUACGAGUUUUUCUCAUGUCAGUAACUUUUCACUUGCUGUAAGUAUAGCCUUUGUUUAUCACAAUUACAUUCUGGAUAAUAUAAAGAAGCACCAACAAGAAGCGAGCAUAAAAUAAUGAUCUGUAAUAAUUAUCGAAUAACUAGUUAUAAACAUAUAAAAUAAGUACAUAUUUUGUAAUUGUGUUCUGUCGCACCUACAUUACAAAAAUUGACAUUAUACUAUUUUUAUCGAUUAUUACCCCAAUCAGGAACACUGUUUGGUAGGUACCGAAUUCAACCGAUCAAUUUGGUAUGUUUCAAAACAUAAUUAUUCGCGUGAUUAGACCACUAAGACGGUUAUGGCGCUCUCCGAACAACGCUUAAGAUAAAAAAUUAAUAAAACAAGAGAAUAAUAAUAAAUGAAAAAUAAUCUUUCACCCUUCGAUCGUCGAAAUCCCAUGCAGCGUGAUUCACAAGUAACUGUAUAUAUUGAAAUUUCUAAAUUCGUAUUAACAAAAAGGCAUAAUGCUAUUUAUCGAAAUCAAUAGAACCAUUUUGCCACAAUCUAAAUAAAACAAGACAUUAAUGACAUGUGAAUAGCAAGAGUUCUUUAGGUCAUAUUUUAAUUUAUUAAUGAAUCACCCUGUAAAGGGUGGCCGAUUUAAAAGUUGUUGUUUCCAGUAACAUGAUCUAAUUUUUUUAAUUAUUUUAAUUAUUACUCAAUUACAUACAGAGUGGUCAAAUAAAGUUAUAUUAUUUUAUUACAUUUUUAAAAAACUCCUUUAAAAGACGAAUUCAAGGAUAUAUUUAACUAUCUAUAUAUCUGUCUCUAAUGCACCGUUAUUAGCGAAUAUUUUCGGGAUUCAGGUAAUUUAUUUUUAUUUUAUUUAUUUAUUUAUUAAAUCGAAAUUAAUUGAAUUAAAAUGAUUAAAUGACACAAUUUUUAUUAGUUCAUUUAUUUUUCAAUAAAGAAUCAGCAAUUUUUCAAAAAAAAUAUUAGAAACGCUUUCAGAAUUAAUCAAUUUUGCCUCGGCAUUGAUCUUCGGAACAGUGCAAUCUAAAGGGCAAUCCGAAAUUGCAAAAAUAUACGGGGUGUUUAAUUUACAAAAAUUGAGGAAAGUAACGUUUUCCGAAACAUCAUAUUUAACAGAAACAUUUCAGUUUUGAAUAUUGCUGAGAAAAAGUAAUAUUUUCUAAAAUGUUUUCAUUGAAUGUAAA